AAGGUUCACCUGAUUACAUUUAUUAGGGGAAGGGGCAAAUAUUAUACAGCCUACUCUAUUUCUACGGUGGUAUAUGAAGUGAAAGCAAAAAAUAAAGGACGGGAUCUUCAUGCCAACUCAGUUCCAAUCACCGCUCGUCUUUUCGGGCUGAUUACGAUCACCUGGGAGCGUCUGCGCAGUGCAUUAAUUCUGAUCGAAUUGCGCUGCGGCUACUAUUUAUUUGCCUUCAAGCAUGCUGACCAACUCAGGUCCAGUGGUGGCCAAGCUCUAUUUGUCAAUAAUUGAUGAUGUGAUUGAGAAUAUGAGGGAGCUGUUCUUGGACGAGGGCCUUGAAGACUGCGUCCUGGAUGAUUUACGACAUCUUUGGGAGACAAAGAUGAUGGAGUCCAAAGCUAUGGACCACUUCAGGAAGAACAACAGCGACUCUCCAAAGUUUGUGCUGCAGCUUCCGCCCAACUACAGCCACAAGGAUGCAGAACACGCAGCUCCUGUCGUGAUCCCCACAAGUCAGAAUAUUCACAGUUUCCCUGUCCAGAACAACUCUGAGACGCUUGCUACCUUUUCACUUCCUGCUGGCUUAUCUUACCCUGUGCAGAUACCUGCUGGAGUCACUUUACAAACAGCUACUGGUCAACUUUACAAGGUCAACGUUCCUGUUGUAGUCACCCAGACUCCAGCAGUUCAACAAACAUUAUCACAACCUCCACAUACAGUCACUGAGAGAAUAGAGCCUCCUGUUCCUCCACCGGCUUCAUCACAACCUACUGAAAGACUUCCUCGCGAAACAUCGCCAGUUCCUGUGCCGACCCCAGUCGACUCGUUGCCGCCGCUUGAUUCUUUUUCACUCCUCAGUCAGGAGAGCAGCCUUCCCCAGCAAGACCCAAUACCUGAGUACCCACAAUUUGAGAUUGGCAGUGAGGAGGUUUUGACGGACACCCCUCAGUUUAAGAGCAGCGACAUUGACGACAUCCUCAAAGUGGUCAUUGAAAAAGAGCGAGAAAAAGCGGCAAGAGCGAGAAACUUGGCUCACGCCAAAUCUUGCGACGAGCCUCAAUCUGUUCUUGGGCUGGACCUGGAUUACAACUACAAUGCGCUGUCAGACAUCGUCCAGCUAGAUGGUGCGGCAGACAAUUCGGAUUUGGAAGAGGAAGACGUGCCACUGGAGGAGAAUGAUUUCCUGGGUAUGAUCAAUGCAGAGGCCCUCAAGGCUCUGCAGGAAGGAGGGGUGAGCAGUGAUGGGAACAGCAGCUCCUCCAGUAGUGAUAGUGAAGAGGCUGAGGAGCUUGAUCAAGUGGAAGAUGAGGAUCCAUUGAAUUCCGGUGACGAUGUAUUUGAACAAGACAUCCCGGAUCUCUUUGACUCUGAGAACGUCAUCGUUUGCCAGUAUGACAAAAUUCACCGUAGUAAGAACCGCUGGAAGUUCCAUUUGAAAGAUGGAGUCAUGUCUUAUGGUGGCAGGGAUUACGUGUUCUCGAAAGCUAUUGGUGAAGCAGAAUGGUAAUGCACCGUUUCUUAUCCAACUGCCUUCUGUUCUACUUGUCCUCAUUCGGUUUGUGGCAGGUCAGGGCAUCUUAUCCCUGUUGAUUUUGGGAGCGAGACACAGGGACUGCUAAUUUAUGAUGGAGGGGGCGGAAAAAUGGAAAUUGAUACCCAGGAAAUGAUGCUAAAAUAGAUACUUCUAUUUUAUAGACUCAACACAUAAAACGACUUUGGUUGUAAAUGCAAUUUGAUUUCACAAUGUGUGAAUUUAUGUUAUGUAUUUUGUGUGAAGAAAAAAUGAUAUUUAAGCGAAACGUGCUUUGGUUUAAAGUGUACACCUGUAUUGGAUUACCAAUGUGUAUUCCUUGUUUUGUUUUUCCCUCAAAUGCAUUUACCAUGUUAAUGAAUAAACCUUAACAAGGGGA